GGUGGUUUUAAUGCACCAACCAUUCUUGGCAACGGCAGUAGGUACUUGGAGAAUUUAGCGUCGUUUUUGGAGCCAGUGAUCAAUAGUUCAGUCCGUAGUAGGUUUGUUAGUUGUUGGCACGCUAAAGAGGACGGCUGGGCGGCAUCUACGUUCCACAGCAACUGUGAUGACAAGGGACCCACUGUAACUAUCAUUCAAGUCCGCAGUUUUAUAUUUGGUGGAUACAGUGACGUAACCUGGAAAAGCCCCGUACCGGGUGAGUACAUGUACUAGGGGAAUCAGGAAUUGUUUAUUUUGCUUGCUAACAAUGAAGAACGAUAAAGUAGUACAGCGGCUUUUGGCUUGAUGUUUUUCUGUUUACGUACAACUCAAGGCGAGAAAGUAAUUCCUCAGCAAUCAAAAUUGGCCAUUUUCAUGAUGACGUCACUUGAAUACAACUACCAGAAGUUUGUUUUUCUCUAAUUCACAAUUUAAAUUAAAUUAUCCCUGUCAGGUUUAAAUCUUAUAAGAAUCGAUUUUGAAAUACAUUUUAAAACAAAAGUCAUCAUUAUCAAAGAUAAUAUAUGCUUCCACGAAUUAUGUUAAUUUCUACAGUAUUUCUUAUCGUUUGAUAAUGAUGACAUGAAGCCAUCGAAACGUCAAUUUACUUUUUUAUCGUUGAUUUCAGGUUUAAAUCACAACAUCAAUAAACAAAAUCUUGCAAAAUUUGGUUUCGCCCUCUCCUUACAAAAACCCAUUAAGGGGCCAGUGGAAAGGAGAGGACGCCUCUGGUCGCAGCCUAAUUUUACUGAAUUAUCUUUAAAGUUCUCUAACUAUGAACUGCGGACUCUUUUUAAUGAAGCAAAGUGUCGCUUAAGAACUAGCCCCCCCCCCCCCCCCCCCCCCCCCCCUUGUAUGUCAAGCCGGACUUGCACUCACUAUUUUAAACUGAAGCCCGGAUUAUGGAAUAUUCCUAGAAGCUGAUUUUUUAUGAGCGCCUUCAGUAAGGUCAGUAAGAAUUGUAAAAUGUCGUCAUUAUUUCACAGGUCUUUGUCAGUUUGGAAAUUCAAGUAAAGCCUUCAUCUACUCAUUAACCAAUAACAAUGGUUCUGGACACGCUGUGUACAAUCCUGUUAAGCUGCGAGUCAAGUCAGGUAAGGACCAUGAAGCUGUAUACAGGUGUCAUCUUAAUGGACCAAUAUUUGGCUGGCUUGAUAUUGCCAUAUCAAACAACUCUGCUAGUAACAACGAUUCUCACACUUAUUGUGACUGGAGCUACCCCCUCCCCCCAGGGUAUUCUUUAUCUCGUUCUAACUGUGCAUUUUAUGCUGGAAGCUUCAGAUUCACGCCAACAGAUAUCGAAGUAUUCUAUGAAACAACCACAUAA